CGUGAGUGACGCUGGUGGAGUCGUGUCACUCGUGCAUCCACGAAGUGCGCGUCUUUCGGGCGGGGUGCUUUAUAAGGGGAGAAUUGGGUUGUGCUGGCAUAUUGCACAGGAUGGUCAGGGUCUGCGUUCUUCUGCUGUGCGCCGUCACCCUCUGGGCUUUGUGCCCAGAGUCCUCGGCGCACCCUGCCCCAACCGGCAUCGAAGUCAACUCGGGUAGCAGGGACAAGCGAAAUCCAGAUGCCGGCACCGAAGUCAACGCGGCCCGUAGAGACAAGCGCAGUCCGCCAGGACGAAGGGCGCCCCCCUUUAUCCGAACCCCAACCCCAGGCCCACCCUCGGCGCACUGCGUCCUAAGGGUGCACCUUGGAAAAGGACCGGAAAACCUGGCGGCCUUAAAGAACCUGACCCAAGGAUCCCCAAAGGGGAAAAGGGAAAAGACUCUGCCGCCCGGGGGUCGCUGA